UUUAUCAUUAAGGUGUCAUUUUAUUUCUUCAGAUAUUUGUCAAUUUUGAGUACAUCUGUCGCCAUACGACAGUUAUACAUAUCAUUGGCGUUACCAGGGAAGGCAUAGUUACUGGACUGAGUGGAUAGACCUUCUUGAAUGCAGCGAAUAACAAUCUGCGGAGAGAGAGAGUAAUAUUACGCAUGGACAGUUCCGAAGGUGAAAGCUGGGUCAUCUUCAAAUCGUGAAGCCCAUUUUCACUUAUUUUCUGUGUCAUUUAUUUGUCCACUGGGUGUUGUAACGUGGUUUUUUACUCUCAUUAGUCGCAGUUUGACCUGCCUAUGUACCAUGCAGCAACCAGUGGCGUCAUCACAUCAACCAGUAACAGUGCCUCGAAAUAAUGGGGAAAGAAGUGAGAGAAAUACUCUUCGUCGACGGUCCUUCGCCCGACUUAGUAUUGUUCAGAUCAUUGUUGGUUCACUCUCGCUUGUCUUUGGUAUAACAUCAAUUGUAGUCGGCUGUGUGGGUUCAUAUUCUGGGAUUGGUAUUUGGUGCGGAAUCUUUUUUAUUGUGACAGGCUCCCUGGGAUGCAUUACAUCAAUGAAAUUUACGAAUUGUUGGAUUAUUACAAGUAUGGUUAUGUGUAUUGUGGCAGCUACACUAAGUGGUCCGAUAUUUGUCAUAUCUGCUGCUGUUACCGUAGCACACGAGAAUACAUACAUACUUGAAGAGUGUAGCUACAACAAAUAUGGACAUUAUGACUGUACAUAUGGACAUGAUUACACAUGUACAGGUAUAGAUGCCGUUCUGCUCGUCAUAGCGAUCAUAGAAUUCAUCUCUGCGAUCAUCCAAGCCUCGCUGUGUUGUCAACCACUUUGCUGUUCACAGAGAAACCAACCAAUGAUGUAUUACGUUGCCGGGCAACCAUAUGGCGUGCCACAACAAGCCACAGUCUAUAUGAUGCCUCCUGGUGCACAAGUUAUUACUCAACAAGGAGGCCAACAAUUUCAGUCCAUGGCUCCUGUUGUAGUCAAUCCUAUAGGAUCUCCACAACAGUUUGCCUAUGCUCAACAACAACCUGGUAUGGUGCCAGUUGCCGGGCAACCACUGCAGCAACAGUAUACAUCUGGCUUCCAAGAGGUCGCAAGUGGUACAAGACGACAUACUCCACCUCCUGGAUAUUCUACCUUAGAACCAGAGCCAGAAACUAAAACUCCUCUAGCCUAAUAGAGAUGGACUACAUUUUAAUGUAUUUUACCCGACUUGAUAUUUGGUGGUUCUUCACUUUUAAGUAAUACUGUAUUUUGCAUGGCAUAUGACUUGUCAUUUGGUAUUAUAGUGCUUC